AUGGAAAAUGGUGGGAAUGCAAAACGUAAAUCAGCAGAAACAAAUGUUGAAGAAGAAGAAAAUGAAGAUAUAACAUUAGAUGAACUAGAAAGGAACAUAUGCAGUAGUAUAAAAGAAUUGAAGGAGCUUCAUCAUAAGGAAAAUGACAAUGGAAAAAAUCCACCAUCAAAGAACCAAGAUGGAAGUAGAGUAAUGAGUAGAGCUAUACACAAUGUACUCAAAAACAUGCUUAAGUUGGUUGAUGUUUGUCAUGUUGAUGGAUUUGUUUAUGGUGUCAUUCCUAAAAAUGGAAAACCAAUAAGUGGUGCUUCUGAAAAUCUUCGCCAUUGGUGGAAAGAAAAAGUCAAGUUUGAUAGAAAUGGUCCUGUUGCAAUUCUCAAGUAUAAUGGUUCAACUUCAAACAAUGAUAUUUUCAACUUGAAUGGAGAAAAUAACAAUGCUUCUCUAAGAAACUUGCUUGAUAUUCAAGACACAACAUUAGGGACACUUUUGUCAUGUCUUAUGAAUGGUUGUGAUCCACCACAAAGGAAAUACCCUUUUGAAAAUGGUGUUGUUCCUCCAUGGUGGCCUAAAGGAAAUGAAGAAUGGUGGCCUUUAUUGGCUUAUACAAAGGAUCCUGGUCCUCCACCUUAUAGGAAGCCUCAUGAUUUGAAAAAGGUUUGGAAAGUUGCUGCUCUAGCUAGUGUUAUUAAACACAUGUCACCUGAUUUUAAAAAGAUUAGAAACUUUGUCAGAGAAUCUAAGAAACUUCAGGACAAAAUGUCUGCUAUGGAGGUUGCUACAUUAGCUGCUGUUUUAAAUCAUGAAGAGUUUCCUAAUGAGGUUCCAACACAUUAUGGAAAUAUGAAUGGAUUCUCUGAAAUGUUUCAUGAAACCAAUGAUUAUGAUGUUGAUUUGGCUUCAUUUCAAGGAAUUAAUGUUGAUGGAAACAACAUAUUUGUUAACAAGUUCCAACAAUUUUCAAACUUAGCUCCAUUAGAAGGAAAUGUUAAAGGAAACAACUUGUUAGUUAUUAAAAACCUAUCACCUUAUGAUAGUGUGGUUCCAUUUGAAACAAAUGUUCAAGAAAAAGUUAUUAUCAAACACCUAUCACCUUAUGAUAGUGUGAUUCCAUUUGAAGAAAAUAUUCAAGGAAGCAACAAAAUGAUAGCUGAUGUUCCAAGAAACAACAUUAAGGUUAUUAAGCCAGUUGCAACUAAGAGAGCAAGAAAUGUAGGUAAUAAAAUUUACACAUGUGAUAGCAUUGAAUGUCCUUAUCAUAAUCACCAAAUUGGAUUUCAUGACAUGGAUUCAAAAGAUUAUCACCAAGUGAAUUGUCCUUACAUAAGAAAUUCUGUCCAAUUGAUUGAGAAGUCAAAACAUAAACAGGUUUUCAUGGAAACUAAUAAAGUGGAUUCUUCAAGUAUGUUUAAACCUUUUGUUAAACAGGGCAACCAAAAUAACACCAUGACAUCUUCAAGGAAGUUUCAUUUCUUGGACAGAAACAAGGAUCAACAACAAAAUCCUCAACUUCAAAUGGAAAAAGAUUUUUGUGGUGUUUUCAAUGCAAAGCCAUUUGUUUCCCAACUUGAUGGUGAUAAAUUUAAUCAACCAAGCAAUGGCUCUACCAUGGAGAAAACAACAUAA